GCGUCCAAUAGAGUAGAGAUUGCUAUAAAAAUCCCGGGUUGACGCGACAAUGAGUUCUUGAUCCUGCCAUGCUCUUGUUGAUUUCACAAUCAACACCGGGAAAAAGCGAAAAGAGCCAAUGGCAGAAUCCUAUAGGGUUAGGGUUCCACCACAAUUACCAUCACCUAACCCUAAAAUCUGCUGCAAUCGCGCAACAGAUUGUUGCUCGGCGCCAUUAAUUCUCGCAAAUCUUGCCAAUUUCACCAAGAGUGCAGCGCCGGCUAGGUUCAUAUACUUCAAUCACGAUGGACUGUGGAUUGAUUUUGAAAACGAGGUUGUGGAGUCUCUCAAGCCUGCUUUCUUGGACGGCAAGGCGGUGAUUGAAAUAUCGUUUCGUGAGUCAAGGUAUCUGUUUGAUUUUACGCGUAUGUUGCAAAUUGAUUUUGAUUCAGGGAUUCAAAGAUCAAUUGCGUGGAUUGAUGUGAACGGGAAAUGCUUUUUUCCUAAAAUGUUUGUGCGUGAAGAUUUUGGGGAUAAUCUAGAGGAGGAGAGAUUGAGUAAUCGUAAAAUUGAAAUCGAAGUCAAUAUUGAUGGAAAUUCAAUUAAGCGAAAAAGAGAGGAAUUUCGUGACAAAGAAGAGCCCGAGGUUACUUCGUCGAAGAAAGAAGAGGGUGGAUUGAAACGGCAGCGUUUGGGGAUGCGUGAUGUGGGAAAUUGUAGGUGGCUGAAUACGAGGGUAUUUAAAGAAGAAGAGAAGAGUUAUUCACCUGUGAAGAAUUAUUUUUUGUCCGGUAUGAAGAAAAUUGAUCCUGAUGUUGUGAUCACGGCAAUCCAUCAAUGCACGCGUAAGGGUCUUUCGGGGGAGGCUCGUCAAGAGGUCUUUUUAAAGCAGAUUGAGAUUACAAAGGCAGCCAGGGGUGUUUCAAAUACAGUGUAUGCUUGGUAUGGCGCGCCUGCGAAGGAAGUUGAAAGUAUCCUGGCUCAUGGUUUUGGUGGACCUCGUAAGGUUUCUGCUGGUGAAACUUAUGGUGUUGGUGUAUAUUUGUCUCCUUUUGGAUUGCCUCAUAUGAGUGCCAAGUUUGCAGAGGCAGAUGAUAACGGUGAAAAACAUAUUAUACUGUGUAGAGUUAUAUUAGGUAAUGUUGAGACAGUAGUGGCAGGGUCUCAACAGUACUAUCCUUCUACUAUUGAUUUUGAUACUGGCACUGAUGAUCCCAAGAAUCCCAAGUGGUAUGUUGUUUGGUCGAGUGUUAUGAACAGACAUAUUAUCCCUGAGUGUGUUGUGAGCUUCAAAUCGUCUAUUAACGUGCCAGGUCAAGUGAGAGGAUCGACUCAUACAAAGUAUUCCCUUGAGAAAUUGUUUUCAAAAUUAAGGAGUUGGCUUCCUCCUGAAAAAAUUAAGGAAGUGACCAAACUAUAUGAUGUGUAUAGGGCUGGUAAUUUGUCCAAAAAUAUUUUCAUACGGCAUUUGCGAGGUGUGGCAGGGGAUUAUGUUCUGUUAUCUGCUAUUCGGGAGAUACGUAGUUCAGAAUAAGUGAAUUACAGUCUUCUAUUAUCUUUGCUCAGCGUAUGAAGAUUCAGAUGAACUUUGCAUUUGGUUCCGUGAGUCUUUUGUUAAGAAGGAGAGAUGCUCUGAAGCAUAAAGUGUUUAUGCAAUUUUUUGCUCCUUCAGGUUUGCAUAUUCUUGCUCCUGCUUGCGAAGGAAAUAUUGGAUCUUGCACAGAUCAUGAGAAAGGCCGGGAUGGAUUGUCCAGUUUCGCCUGUCUUUGAUUCAUGUAUCAGUGUUCCUGUUUUGUUCUGGUAACUAGAUUCUUGUUCAUCCAUAGCCUCUGGUUGAUAAUGGUUUUGACUGUAUUUUCAUGCUUUGUGUGUGAUAAAUGCUUCCUUUUAUAUAUGAGCAUUUCUUCAUUUUCUCCAAAGUUUCAUAUAUUGGAGAUGUUGUGCUUAAUGUUCAAAAUUUAGUGUGUUUCCAGAGAAUCAGAUAACUUCAAAGCAAGAAUUGCUGCUAAUGGCACUUAUCGUGGUCUGUGCUUCUAGUUAGGCUGCCAAAGAAAAAAUCACAGCUGGUUGCUGGGAUGAAAUGUUUCUUUUACACAUUAAUGCAACUCUGUUGACCUUGAAGAGUUUCUUUCAGUUUUUUGUUUUAUUAGGUAGCAUUUAGGACUGCAGGAUAUGAUUCAUACAAACAUAUUGCAUUUUUUAAUUAACUGGAGUUAGCAAGGGUUAGGUGUUGUCCAUACGAAUCAAGAGGAAUUACUCUCAGUUGUUUCUUGCAUCUUGUACUGUUGUUUGUUGUGCUAUCGCGUUCCACUUCUAUGAGAUUUUAUUAUCUCAGUGGCAAUACAUAUACACACUUCUUAUAUCUAGUUGUCUCGAUUGCAUACUAAGGGAUGGGCUCCAUCUUCUGUUAUAUAUGUUUUCUGUAGUUUCAAGAACUGGACCGGUAGGAACACUAAAUCCUUUACCAAUUUUCCGUAGUUGCACCGACUAUGCUGUGUUAGGUGAUUACUGAUGUAUCUAGGUGGAUUGGUGAUAAAUUACCUGGAAUGGUAAAGUUAGGUGGAUUUUUCCUUUUCCAUCCCUUCAUUAUCCCUAUCUCUACAUAUGCUGCUUUUGCCUCUCACUGUGACAAGAAUGCUCAGGCUCUUUCUCAAUGAGCAUUCAGAUGCACUCCAUGAUAGGAACACGCAUAUAUGAUGGACAAGCAUCUUUCUCCUCUGUAUCCAAACAUUGGAUGUAGGUUUCAUGCUGCAUGGUUUGUGCGGGAGAGAAGUCUUGAACCAUCUUCCACAAUUGUUCAUUGGAUAAAAUAUGUCACAUGGUUUGGAUCAUCAAAGUCCAUUGUUGGGAACUGACACAGAUACAUUCUCCUGAUUACUUAAGAAACUUGACCUCCACGUGUUCUUCUGGAGUUUGUCAACCAUGGGAGUGUUGUGUUUAAAGUUUAUAUUGUUGGGAGACCAUGAAGGCGGUGAGGCCUCUCUCAUUACCUAUGAGCUUUUGAACAUUGCUGGCAUGUCCUGGUUUCCACUUGUUUCUUGCACUGCCACUUCUGCAGAUAAUGCUAAUUUGAACCCUGGUGUUGCUGGUAAGUUGUGAUUCAUGACUUCUUUUUGUUAACUUCUGCAAGGCUUUUCUUAUCAGCUUGUGAAGAUAGUUACAAGCAUAAAUUUGCAAUUUGUCGUUGAUACUGAGAGCAUAUAAAUCAUAUUAUUGGGUGGUUUUGAUGGAAUGAUCAUUAAAGCCAUGCCUUAUUUCCUGUCACAUUAACAUUCGUUGGUAUACCUCGUGCAGUAGAUGAUUCCCCAGGAUAAUUUCUAGAUCCAAAGCUAGUGGGAGAUUUGAAUGCUAUUGUUUGUCCUCUUUAAACCUUUAACUGUGAAAAAGAUGGAUUUGUUCCCGUCAUCAUUGGUGCCAUUGAACUGUAUUCAGCAAUUGAGAGCCUGCAAUAAGGCCUUGAGCAUAAUAUUCUGGCAAGUUCCGGUAAUAUAUUCCUCUCGUCCUGCAGAGCUUCCUCCACGACCGUUGCUUGGGAAACUCGCAAGGGAACUUCAUCGUUGACUAGUAACCACCUUCAUAUUUUCUUUCUUUUUUCAUCAGUAUAAAUGUUAUUAUCUCCUGCUUGUUUUUACGUUGUUAAAUACAUGGAGGGGUCUCCGGCUGUUCAAUCUUGAUAUUAUCCGAGAGCAUUGGACCAGAGAUCUGUCGUCAACAUUAACUACAUUCCUGGCAAGACAACAUUUUAUUUUCUUUUGUAUUGUCUUUUCCAUCCAAAUUUGUUUUCAAUCACUCUUUAAACGGUGUUUUAUUGCUAUAUCUUGAAAAUUUGCCCUACGGUUUCGUUUUAUUGUUUAUCUUAACAUGGAAACGUGGCAGGUUACGGGAAAAUGCCAUAGCGUGAGCAAUAAUUACAGACUUCGUUCCGAGCCUUGUACAGAAUCAAUACAAGAAAAAAUCCACCUAGAAACUGUUUGAAGCACGAUUGACUUGACAUAAAAGUUGUCUCAAAAGCAUCAUGUUGUCUGAGAAAGUAUGUGAGGGGGGCUAGCAGCUGGAGGAUACAAGUAAUCCCAACCUUCAACUUCUGUGAUUACUGGCAGGCAGGCUGGUUGGCAGGAUGCGUGCCUGCUGCGCUACUCGUGAGCAACAAUCGAUGGCUAUCAGCUCCCUUGAAUUCAGCUGGCUUUGCCCAACUCGUUAUGUUAUCUCGCCAUUAUCUCGUGCUGUUCAAAGGUGCCAUGCGCAGCCGUUGAAUAGCAACCUCAUGAUGUGUACAGUCAUUUCUGUUGGGAUAGUAUCCCGCUUGACUGGUCGAGCAGUUCAUAGGAUAAUGUUGCCUUGUUUUUGACAAAUAAAUUCCGUUGUGUACACAGAGCUAUCGAUUCUUAGGGAUUUUUCAUUAUAUAAAAAUAAAAGGCUAAACACUAAAGGAUAUGCUAUCGUCACGUGUGGUUCAGAGUUUCAUUUGACAGAAUCAUAUCUGCUUGUGGGUGGUGCACCGACCACCAAGCGAUGCACUCCCAGUCUCCCACUGAAACGACCGAGUUACCUUGUGAAUUUUCUAUGGCACAAACUGCAGAAAGUGUUUUAUGCCUUGACAACAUCAACACGAAAGAAAAAUGUUUUCCAUUUUCAAUAUACCAAGCAAAACCUUACAGC